AUGACGUUCCAGCGUAAAACUGUUACAUCAUCUCAAAACACGAUUUUUCCUACUCCCCAGCUUAUAUCUCCUGCGCUUGCAAGAGACUUGGAGGACUGCAGGAAGACCUCUCUGAAUCUACUCAUGGCAUUUCUAGCCCUUCAGUCGAUCACAGGAUCUGGAGGCCUUACAGUGGCUACCCUCACGCUAAUGCUAUACACCAUCAGUCUACACAUCGCUACUAGCGUGGGCGCUUCUCAUCAGCUCGGAGCGGUUAUUUUUGGAAUUUUGCAUGUCAUCCCAGCAGUUGGAAUUUUUGCGGUGAUGUCGGUGGAGUUGGCGUUUGCAGUCAAAUCACCGGCAAUGGCGAUUUUAAUCGUCAUAUUUUGUUUCCUUCCCACCAUGGUUGCUAUCUUUCAGUGCCUCCGCAUGCGUUGCAUGAAGGUAAUCAUGGAUCAGCUCCCGAUGGCCAUCCCCGGGGACCUCCCGUCAGAAGAACCAUCCAUAGCGAGAUUAGAGCUCACUAUCUCUGCAUAG